UUCAGAAGAAGGAUGGCAUCCCUGACGAGUUUCCUGCAGCGGUAGUCCGAGGCUUGUGUGCGCGCCGCCGCUGGUGUUGUUUAAGAAUGCUGGUGUUUGUGUGUUAUUAGCGUGGAGCUGGGGCGGUUAUGUUCCUGCUUGACUUAUUUCGGGUCGUUUUGGUCUAAUACUGUGGGGGACACCAUAGAAACAUGGCUGGAGUGCCUGUGAACAAAUUCCAGAUGCUUUUAAUCAUUUGACCAAGAGACGAAGAGUGCACAAAGGCAGUUGCUCGGUGUUAGUGAUGGAGUCUGCCAUGUACGUCAUGGGUUGCGUACAAGUUGAUCUGGUUCAGGACAUGAAACGCUUUGUUUUGCCGUAGAUUCAGAAGAGACUUAAGGGGGUUUAAAAAGAAAAAUCCAAGGUUCCGUUUUUUUUGUUUAGAUUUCACCAUCAAGCUUUUUUGCUGCUUUGUUUUAAACGAUUGACCGGAACCAUGUCGGACCCGAGCUACUGGACUGCUCUACCGAGUUACAAGACUCAUUAUGUGACGGGCGCUCUGCUGCAGCGUUCCAAAAGUUGCCGCAGCAGCAACCGCAAAAGUCUCGCUGUGGGAACACCUUCUCCCACCCUGUCCCGCCCUCUCUCUCCUCUGUCCGUGCCGACAGCUGGAAGCAGCCCUUUGGAAAGUCCCAGAAACUUCUCCGCCAGCGCUGCUCUUAACUUCCCCUUCGCUCGCAGUCACGUGCCCAGGACUGACAGGGCGGAUGGUCGAAGAUGGUCUUUGGCUUCUCUCCCCUCUUCUGGCUAUGGUACCAACACCCCCAGUUCCACUGUCUCAUCUUCAUCCUCUUCCCAGGAACACUUGCACCAGCUACCCUACCAGCCCACCCCGGAUGAGCUGCAUUUCCUGUCAAGACACUUCCGGAGCACAGAGAGCAUGACGGACGAGGAGGGGCGCCACUCGCCCUCCCUGCGCCACCGGUCACGCAGCCUCAGCCCUGGAAGGACAAGUGGCUCGUUUGAUAAUGAGAUUGUUAUGAUGAAUCACGUGUACAAGGAGAGAUUCCCCAAGGCCACAGCUCAGAUGGAGGAGCGGUUGCUGGAUAUCAUCACCACCUUCUCUCCAGACAGCACCCUGCCCCUGGCUGAUGGGGUCCUGGGAUUUAUCCAACACCAGCUGGUAGAGCUGGCCAGAGACUGCCUGGACAAGUCCCUCGAAGGCCUGGUCACGUCCCGCUACUUCAUUGAGCUGCAGGAGAAACUGGAGAAAAUGCUGCACGAGGCCCAUGAGAGAUCGGAGAGCGAGGAGGUCCCAGUGAUCGAUCAGCUGGUGAAGAAGAUCCUCAUUGUCAUCUCGCGCCCUGCACGACUGCUCGAGUGCCUGGAGUUCGACCCCGAAGAAUUUUAUCACCUGUUGGAAGCGGCAGAGGGUCACGCGAAGGUUGGUCAGGGAAUCAAGACUGACAUCCCCCGCUACAUCAUCAGCCAGCUGGGACUCACCAAGGACCCCCUGGAGGACAUGGUUCAGCUUGAACAAUACGACUCUGCCAAUACUCUCAUACCAGAUACAGAGGAGUCUUUAGAUCACAGUCGGGCCUCCUCCACUCCGUCACGAAGAAAACCGAGAGAGAGCGACUUCGACACCCUCAAACUGAUCAGCAACGGGGCCUAUGGGGCGGUGUACCUGGUGAGACACAGAGACACUCGGCAGCGCUUUGCAAUGAAGAAGAUCAACCGUCAGAACGUGAUCCUGAGGAACCAGAUCCAGCAGGUGUUUGUGGAGCGAGACAUCCUGACCUUCGCGGAGAACCCCUUCGUGGUCAGCAUGUUCUGCUCCUUCGAGACGCGGCGCCACCUCUGCUUGGUCAUGGAGUACGUGGAAGGUGGUGAUUGUGCAAACCUGCUGAAGAACAUGGGCCCACUCCCAGUAGACAUGGCCAGGAUGUACUUUGCUGAGACCGUGCUGGCGUUGGAAUACCUUCACAACUAUGGAAUCGUACACCGAGAUCUCAAACCUGACAAUUUGUUGAUUACAUCGAUGGGACACAUCAAACUCACUGACUUUGGGCUCUCGAGAAUUGGUCUUAUGAACAUGACCACCAAUCUGUAUGAAGGACACAUUGAGAAGGACACCAGGGAGUUUAUUGACAAGCAGGUGUGCGGCACUCCGGAGUACAUCGCCCCAGAGGUGAUCCUGCGACAGGGCUAUGGGAAGCCGGUGGACUGGUGGGCGAUGGGCAUCAUCCUCUACGAGUUCCUGGUGGGCUGCGUGCCUUUCUUCGGAGACACUCCAGAGCAGCUGUUUGGGCAAGUCGUCAGCGAUGAUAUCAUCUGGCCUGAAGGGGACGAUGCCCUGCCUGCCGAUGCCCAGGAUCUCAUCACCUGCCUGCUCAGGCAGAGCCCCCUGGAGCGCAUUGGCACGGGUGGGACCUUUGAGGUGAAGCAGCACCCCUUUUUCUAUGGGCUGGACUGGAAUGGGCUUCUCCGUCACAAAGCAGAGUUCAUCCCUCAGCUGGAGGCCGAGGACGACACCAGUUACUUUGACACGCGGUCUGAACGAUAUCACCACCUGGACUCGGAAGAGGAUGAUGAAACCAACGAUGAGGAAUCCUCUCUGGAAAUCAGGCAGUUUUCAUCCUGCUCGCAUCGAUUCAGCAAGGUGUACAGCAGCUCAGAGUUCCUGGCGAACCCCUCCAAUGUGAGCUUCUCCUCGACGGAGCGCAGUCACAGUGAGGAGAAGGAGGAGAGCAGUGGAGACCAGAGACGCACGCCAGGCAGCGGCAGGCAGUACCUUCGACCCCGGGCCUCCUCCAGCUCCUCCCAGCCCGAGCGCAGUGCCAGCCCCCUGGUGAUGAGCAGCACACACAGCCUAGAGACCAUGCCUCGACUGGCCUUCAGCACCGAGGACCAGGCGGAUGUUGUGGUCUCCAGUCUUCAGCGGAUUCGCCUGCGCAGCAACAGCACCGGCACCAAGCACUCCACUCCCCAGGACCACAUGCGCAGCCACCGCUUCGGACACCAGCUGGACACCCCAGAGAAACCCCGUGUGCCCCUCAGGAACAAGGUCCCCAAGUCAGCCUCGGUGUCGGCCCUGUCCCUCAUCAUCACUGCCGACGACAUGGGGAGUGGGCCCAUGGCGAGUCCCAUCUCUCCACACUCUCUCUCCUCCAACCCCUCCUCGCGAGAUUCUUCCCCCAGUCGAGACCUCUCCCUGGGCACUAGCAGCCUGAGGCCGCCAAUCAUUAUCCACAGCUCCGGGAAGAAGUACGGCUUUACCCUGCGAGCCAUCCGCGUGUUCCUGGGAGACAGCGACGUCUACACUGUGCACCACAUGGUCUGGAGUGUGGAGGAGGGCAGUCCAGCUCACGAGGCAGGGCUGAGAGCUGGGGAUCUCAUCACACACGUGAAUGGGGAGUCCGUGCGGGGCCUGGUGCACACGGAGGUGGUGGAGCUGCUGCUCAAGAGUGGUAACAAGGUAGCUCUGCAGACGACUGCCAUGGAAAACACCUCGAUAAAGACCGGGCCGGCCCGCAAGACCAGCUGUAAGAGCAAGAUGGCUCGGAGGAGCAAGAGGAACCGCAAGAAGGACGGGCAGGACAGACGGCGGUCGAUCUAUAAGAAGCUCCCCAAACAGCCGACUGUCCUGCACACCAGCCGCAGCUUCUCCUCUGGGCUGCAACACUCGGUGUCCUCCAGUGAGAGUGUGCCGGGGUCCCCCACGCACAGCCUGUCCCCCGGACCCUCCACCCCCUCCCGCAGCCCCGCCCCGGACCUGCCCUCGGGUGACAGCCCGUCACACAGGCUUCACGACACCAAUUCUCCCCCCAGCACAUCCCCUUGCUCCAGCACUCCCAGCUCCCCAGCAGGACACAUCCGCCCCAGCUCCCUGCACGGCCUGGCCCCCAAACUGAGCAACCAGCGCUACAAGGUGGGACGCCGCAAAUCAACCAGCAGCAUCCCCCCCUCCCCGCUGGCCUGCAACCCCUGCCCACCCCCUCAGCCCCCCUCUCCCCAGCGCUCCCCCUCCCCUCUGCCUGGCUUCACCAAGAGUCUUCACUCUUCCUACCACGGCAAGACCCUCUCCCCUCCAACCAUCAUCCGUCACGCAGUCCGACCCCGCAGUGCCGAGCCCCCUAGAUCCCCCCUCCUUAAGAGGGUCCAGUCUAAUGAGAAACUGUCCGCUUACCACGGAGAGAAGAAGGGCUACGUACCACGCAAACGCACGCUGGAAGUCCUGGACACUGGUGAAGCUGUAGGGGACUCCGAGGGGGAGUGUGGCAGUGCGGUCGGAUACAUGGGCUCCAGUGUGAGCGAGCAGGGUCGUCUCGGCUACCUGGGAACGCAGAGACUGAGAGACGACGACAUGGUGGUGAUGAGGAAACUGAACCUGUCUGAGCGCAGGGACUUUUUCAAGAAGCAGGAAGCGGUGCAGGAGGUGAGCUUCGACGAGCCCGAUGUGGGAGCGUCCAGCGAAGAGCCACAGCUAAAGGGGCCUCCCGCUUGCAGGCGGCAGUUCAAAGCGUCUUGGAUUGAGAGCGACCAGAAGGGAGAGGGGAGGAAGACUUGCGUGCCUCAGAUUGCUGUGCAGGGUUCGGAAGAGGAGAAGUCCUGGGAGUGUCAGGAGCUGUACUCCAUGUGCCAAGAUGGGGAGAGGAAGAGGGAGGCGACUGCAAUGCCAGUGCUGCUCACAACGGAGGAUGAUUUGGGAGUCAGGAAAGAGCAAAGGACCACAUCCGCUGACAUGUCACAUGCCACUUCAGAAAGAUACAAUUCGAACGAGAAACCAGGAAAGGAGGACCUGUCUCUCUCAGAUGGGAGAAGGAAAGGGAAGAUGAAAGAAUAAACCGUUGGGUUUUUAAUCCAUAUCUGAAGGAACUUAAUGAAGAAAUACAUUCCAGUCUUUGAUCGCUCACAAAUGCCCCGUCUUCACGCAACCUAUGACAAAUUUAAGACCGAACUGUCACCAACAGAGAGUUUCUACAGAAAAGGAGAGGAUCCUUAUUUAUGCAGCCCAACGUUUUUUGAUUUUGUAAAUAUAUUUUUUAAAAAAGGGGUGUUUUUGCCAGAAUUUAUUUAUGACUUUUUGUAAUAGGGCCAAGAGAAACAUUUGAACGUGACAUUUUUAAAAUGUGUGUUCCAGGGGCAUCAGGCCUUUAGUAUUUUAUAACUUAUAAGGACUAUUUUAAAUGAAAUUUCUAGAUAAGACACCACCAAUACUAACUUAGACACCUUAUUUACACUUUUCUACUUAAACUAGUUGACAGUAGAUUUAUUAUUAUGAAAAAUACCACUGACAAAAGAAAACUAAAGCCUGUUUUACACCACCAGAUUCACCACUUACCGUUCAAUAAACUUCAUAACCAAUGUAUUUUUCUUGUUCUUUAAAUUCACUUUGUAUAUCAUUUUCAGUUUCUGAAAUCACAUCUUGGUGACUUUAUUUUUUAGCUAGUUUGAAGCACCUCUGUGGCCUCAGUAGAGCUCUCAAACGUCUAAUCUCCCAAAGUACAGCGGGUACACCAGAGUGUAACCAUUAACCUGUACCUUGUGGGGAAUGUCCUAAACACAAAUGAGGUAUUUCUUACAUCUCCUGGGAGUGUUGCAGGAGGGCAGGUUAAUAGUUACACUCUGGUGUACCCGCUGUACUUGGAUGUUCAUUUCUAAGAGCUUUGUGACAGAAAGAAAAUAAAAGGACAUGUAAGCAAGCAGAAUGCAUUGAGGAGUGGUGCAUCACAGUGUAAGCAAGGAGAAUGCAGUGAGGAGUGGUGCAUCAGUGUAAGCAAGGAGAAUGCAGCGAGGAGUGAUGUUUCGCAGCCUUGCCGAGGUGUGCAGUGAGGAGUGGUGUUUCGCAGCCUUGCCGAGGUGUGCAGUGAGGAGUGGUGCUUCGCAGUGUAAGCAAGGAGAAUGCAGUGAGGAGUGAUGUUACGCAGCCUUGCCGAGGUGUGCAGUGAGGAGUGGUGUUUCGCAGCCUUGCCGAGGUGUGCAGUGAGGAGUGGUGUUUCGCAGCCUUGCCGAGGUGUGCAGUGAGGAGUGGUGUUUCGCAGCCUUGCCGAGGUGUGCAGUGAGGAGUGGUGUUUCGCAGCCUUGCCGAGGUGUGCAGUGAGGAGUGGUGUUUCGCAGCCUUGCCGAGGUGUGCAGUGAGGAGUGGUGUUUCGCAGCCUUGCCGAGGUGUGCAGUGAGGAGUGGUGUUUCGCAGCCUUGCCGAGGUGUGCAGUGAGGAGUGGUGUUUCGCAGCCUUGCCGAGGUGUGCAGUGAGGAGUGGUGUUUCGCAGCCUUGCCGAGGUGUGCAGUGACACCGUUCUCAUGUCAGGGAAGCAAAGUUUUCCUGAGGUGACUAAUAAGACCACUAAUUAAUUAGAUGAGUUUUGAUAACUAUCAGAUACAAAGGGAUAUGUCCCUUCCCUUACCCUAACUUAGAAGAUAAAUCUUUUUGUAUAAACCAGGAUUUUUAUACAAUCUUCAUUUCAGAACUAAAAAAUAACUAAAUUUAUCACCUUUAAACCAAAUAUAAAGUAUUCUGUCCUUAACUUUAAAUAUUUUAUUACGUCAAAUAGAAACAGUGCUAUUUUAAACUCUCUGUAAGCAAAGAUGUGUGCCUACGCUUAAAUGAAGGUGACUAACUCGACUUCAUAUUCCAGGCACACACAUUUACAUUGUUUCUUGUUUUUAAAGGGGUAGGGAUUUUAGCAUCGUUUUACAUUUGUGAAGCUGUUUUUUGAAAAGGCACGAGUAGUUGGAUGUUGAUCCUAGCUUUUUCAUUUCAUUUUUGCUCCUGUCAGCAUUUCUCCAACAGCCGUUUGUAGAGCUUGCCAAAAAAUACAUUCACAAGCUGGGUGUGCUUUGCAUUAUACCUAUAAGGGCUUGAGACAUAGACAUUUUUGUAGGUAGGAUCAAUUAUAAAACUGCAUUGAAGUCUUGCUAGUUUAGCAGCACAGUAUUAAAUGAACCUAAGACAAUUAAUAUAAAGAGGUAGCAUAGUAUUGACUGUACAUGUAUUGUAUAAAUAGGGCGAUUUCUUAAGUUCUGAUUUUAGUAAAACUGAAAAACUUAAAUGACCAAACCUUCGACUAGAAGCCUUUCCUCGGUGUCUUCAGGAGUUUUAUUUGAAACGUUUGACGUGAAAUGUAUUGUUUAUUUCAGUAUUACAAAAUGUAACACUAUUGAGUUUUAUAGUUAUGGAUGAAAUUCUGAUUUUUAACCAGAAAACAACACCUGAAAGAAAAGAAAAUCUGUGUUUUAUAAAGAAUACCAGAGGCUAAUCAUAUUAUUAAGGUACAGCACACACAGUUCAUUUGAGUCAUUCUCUGGAUGCAUCAAAACUCCAGUGCUUGAUUUCUGUAUAUGCAGGGUGGUUAACGGUGCACCACAGGAACAAAUAUUAGUAUGGAACAUGUCAUAGACAACUCGGUCCAAGGACACUGGAAAACUUAUUGAGGACACUGAAAACCCUGGAUUUUUACAGGACUGUCAACCUCACACACAUCACCUAGCGAACUGGAGUCAAAGAACAAAGUCACCCUGCAUGUUCACUUCAGGACCAGGUGUGUAAUAUCAGAGUAACCCACGUGGUCUUGGUUAGAUUCACUUUGUACACCUUUUUUUUGUUUAAGAUAGGAGUUAAAGCAGUAGAGCUCUCAAACUUCUCUCUAGGUUCAUCUGGUACACCAGAGUGUAACAGUUAACACGUUCCCCUGCAACACCCUAGAGGAUGUAAGAAAUACAUCAAUGAGCAAUACAACAUAGAGCGCAUGUGGUUUUUCUCACAUGUUUACACUGUAUGUUGGGUUGAGAGCUCUUGAGGCCACGGGUUCUUUUGAAUUUUGUUUUUUAAAGCACUGAAUUAAAUGUAACUUUUCUACACUUUAGUUUCAUGAAUAUUUGCCAUUGAUAAUACAUUGUCAAAAUGAGCCGCUGUAGGGGAGGUGUAGUUUUAACAUUGGUUUUGUCAAAAAUAAAUGUUUUUUAAGCCAUUGGCCAAAACCCAUCCCUUCCCACUAAGAAUCCUAGUCACGGUUUAGUGUGGCAAACUCCAGCCUGCCCUUCCUUCAGAGGGGAUGAGAAUGAGCAGGAAUAUUGCCUGCUUAUUCAUUCAUGCGUAAACUCCAGCCUGCCCUUCCUUCAGAGGGGAUGAGAAUGAGCAGGAAUAUUGCCUGCUUAUUCAUUCAUGCGUAAACUCCAGCCUGCCCUUCCUUCAGAGGGGAUGAGAAUGAGCAGGAAUAUUGCCUGCUUAUUCAUUCAUGCGUAAACGUCCAUCAGUAGCAGAAGAAGGGCUUUUUAUGUAGACUGAAAAACAGAAAUUAUUUCAGACCGUUGAAGGCUGAAAGUCUGAACUGACCGGAUGUUUUAGGUUUGACCAGAAAUAACUUCGCUUUUGAUCUGGAAUUUUAAUGUAAAUGUUGAUUUUAAGCUAUUUUAAAAUCAUGCUUUUCAAGGGUACUCGUAUGUGUAACAAGGUUUUACUUUUUAUAUAAAUACCACACAUUUUAACUUGCAUUUUUAAUUGACUAGCUCAAUUUUUCAUGUAUUUGCCUAUUUUUUUUUGCCCAUUUGUGCUGCACACCCCUAAAACUCUAGAAUAAUAGUUUAAUAGUUUUUUGUUUGUUUGUUAACCUUUAAAACGGUCGGAUCGCCUUCCUUGCGUUUUUGUAUUUUUGUCUAAUAUGACCUCACUAUUGCUAUAGACUGAUGUUUACUGACUGAUGUUUACAUUUGAUAAUGCUUACAUGCAGUAUGUGUAGGAAGUAACUUUGCUAAACAGGUGCUCCCGAGUAAAGGUGCUCCGCGUGGAGUGCAGGAUGCGCCCUAUAGCCUGGACGUUGCCGGUUCGAGUCCAGGCUAUUCCACUGCUGACCGUGGACGGGAGCUCCCAGGGGGCAGCACACAAUUGGCCGAGCGCCGCCCGGGGGAGGGAGGGUUAGGUUGGCCAGGGUGUCUUCGGCUCACCGCGCACCAGUGACCCCUGUAAUCUGGCCGGGCGCCUGCAGGCUUGCCUGUAAGUUACCCAGAACUGCGUUGUCCUCCGACGCUGUAGCUCUGAGCUUGCAUGGUGGGUCUGCAGUGUGAAAAGAAGCGGUCAGCUGACGGCACACACUUUGGAGGACAGCUUUUGUUCGCCUUCGCUCUCCCGAGUCAGCGCAGGGGUGUGAACUGAGCCUAAAAAUAAUUGGCCAUUCCAAAUUGGGAGAAAAUGAGAAACAAUUGAUGACCUACUAAAUUAAAAAAAAAGUAACUUUGCUAAAUGAAAGACAAAAAAAAAGUUACAAAUAUUAAAACUCCCUACCCUCGUGGAGCUUCGUGUUAACAUGUUUUUUAACUGAAUUUGUACUGUAAUGUGUAUCCCUGUAUAUUUUGAUAUGGGAAUGGUGUCCUUGCACAGUGAUUCAGUGUUUUAUAUAUAACAUAUUGAGGGUUUUUGUACAAGAUUUAAGUGUGAUUUUCAAAUUCCGAGGAUCUGCAAGAUGGAAAGUGUGCCUACAAGUGAAACCCCCAAAAAAAUGAUUUACUUUGAGAUAUUAUAGAAUAUAUAGGGUAUGUGCAGAGAUAUUUGUAUUGAAUCCUGUCAGUGUUUAUCUUCUAAACACUGAAACAACACCAGAGAUUGUUUUGUUGAGGUGCAGCGCAUACUGUUCUGUGCUGUUAUUUCAUUGGAGCUGCUCUCCGGACGCCUCAAUACAUCAAAACUCCACUAGUUAAAUGCUGUAUGCUGUGCAAUCACACUUUUUCCUACUUUGCAUACAUUUUGCAUACAUCUUUAAAACGUAUUUGACUGUUGCCGGUACUCCCUUCUCAUAAUGCCAGGUAGCAUGCUCAAGAUUGAAGUUGUUUAAAGAUGGUGCUCACAUAAAAAAAAAAAAAUGGAUGCAAAGUAGGAACAAAAUUGCAAAAGUGAGCGUGCUUUCCAUACGGCAGGAGGGGGGGGGGGGGAAUGUUGCAAUAGACUGAAAGUUCUGAAUCUAUGCUGUGGUAGUAGAAACAGCUAUAGGAAAUAUUUCUUUUUUGGCCGUUGCUUGAAGGCACUAUUCCCAUCUUCUAGACUCUUGUCCUUUUCCCCGUUUUUAAAAUUCAUCCUUUUUAAAGUAGUUCUUAUAGAGCUACUUUAAAAUUCCACUUAACCCAAGGUAAACAAGAACACCCUAAAUGAGGGGGUUCAAAAUGUACCUCUCAUUUGCACUACAGUUACUAUUGGGGUUGAUUGUUUUUAAUUGUAUUUUAAAUGUAGAAAAAAAGGUUUGAAGUUGCUUUUGCUUCUUGGGACUUUAGCGGUGGUUAAUCCAGUAGACCAUGUGACAUAUUGUACUUGACAGGAUGUGGCUAGGCACCAAGAAUCUAUUGCACUGUAAUUGAAGAACUGGAAACAAAAAGAAAAGGGGGACCAGAGAUGCUAAUAAAAUAAUAGCUUAGGCACUGUGCUACACAGUGUUUACCAGGAUAUUCCAUUUUAUUAGCACAUCCGUGAAGUAAACUCCUUCCAACAACUGACUCUAGGAUCUUAUUUCAGUUAUGAUGUCACUAUCCUGUUAUUGCUUAAAGUACCAAAUUAAAAACAGCACUAUAGUUUUUAUUGCUAAUGCUACCUAAAAUGCCAAAAAACAUCUUUAGUCAUUUUUAUCACAGUUGUCUGUUUUAUUAUCUGCUUCUUUGUAAAAGCUGUUCUAAAGAGAGUGCUGAUAUCAUUUAGAUUGAAUCUCGGGUUUGAUAUUAUCAGGUAAAACUAUAAGAAACUAGGUGAAACUUGGCUUAUAGAUUAACAUUCUGACCGUUUUGAAGUUGUUGUUUACACUUUUCCGAACAAAACAAAAAAAGGACAAAGGCGUGUGGUUUUAAGAUAUUUACUGUGUUUGUAAAUCUCAAUUUGGAAAGCCACUCCUUUUUCAAUGUAGUACUGUAUGAAGUGGUUUGUGUAUUACAGUAGAUGUGUUGCAAAGCUAUAGUACAUACAUUCUCAUCUUCCUGUGCAUGUUUGCAUGUCACGGGUAACAGACACAUGCUAUGCACAUGCUUCUGUGCCAUGACACAGAUCACAGUGUAAGAGACCACAUCGUGCCCUGGCUUGAUAAUGUUAGUUGCAAGCACCACUGAAUGUUGUAUAAAGACAGCCAUCAGUUCAGCAUGGUUGAUGGUAAUAUGAGUAACUUUGUAUGUGUUUGGGAACAGGGUUGCUUUCUAUAUGUUUGAGUUUGUACAGUGUUGGAUUGGGCAAAAUGUGUACUGCCUGCCAAGGGAAAACAAUGUGCAUGUUGCCUACCUGCGGUGAUGUGUCUGAAUACAGGUCAAUAUUGAGAACGCCUACUUUCUGGGUUCUAAAUGCUGUCAUUAUGUUGUAAUAAAUUCAUUUGCAAAUGAAGUUUGAUAUGAAA